AUGUCCGGAGCAGGCCCCGUCGUGAAGAGGCUCAAGGUGACUAGGAAGACCACCCCUAAAGCGGGGGAUACUACAAAAUCCCUCUCCAAGGGUAAAGACACGAGCUCUGCUCGGGAGCCAGCUCCAGUGACUACUGUCGUCGUUGGGCAAGUUCUUCUUCCUCCCCCUCGACACAUGCCUGCACCUCUCCAAGUAAUUCAAACCGAGACCCCCAUCGUCCAAAUACCAGUUGAGUCACAGGACUUGGAAAAGAUCCCCGAGGCCUUUUGGGGUAUAGUGCAUGAGACAUCGACUCAUAUGGUGGGCCAUGCAUAUAAAGCCAAUGCAAGGGUCCUGAGGGCCAUAGAGGAGCGUAGCCUGGAGGAUGUCCUCGAAUCUUCCAUGGGGAUGAACCUCACCUCCGUCUUGGACCAAUAUCGAAGCAUAGCAUGUGUUAAGGCCAGAAACAAAGAGAACCGAGCCGAGCUAGCCACUGCCAAGGAAAGUGAGCAAGCCGCCAAAGCUGCCUUGACAGUUGCUCAGAAGAUUGAGCAUGCUGCUAAGGCUGCUCUUAUCUCUUCCCAAGAAAGCGAGCAUGCCUCAAAGACCGCACUAUCUGCCUCCCAAGCUCAGGCCGUAGAGGCAAACCACCGUGCUGAACAACUUCAGGUCGAGAAUGGUGAGCUCAAAGCAAAACUACUCAAGGCCAAAGUUAAAGCCAAGGAGGAAGCGGCAGUGUCAUCAUCAACCAUGGAGGAGAUGCUUUACCAUUAA